AUGCCAGGUUUAAAACAACGAGGGUCUACUGAAGCUCCGAGAGGAGGGUCAGUGAAUGAAGCCGGUCUUUUUGCCCUUCGAGGGAAGCAGGAAGGGAGUAGGCGAAGUAGAAAGACAACGAGCACCACAACGAGCACCUCGACCUUGACGCCAGUAGCAGAUGACGUAGCACAGCCCGCGGCACUUUUAGCCCCUAAUGAAGAGUCAUGGACGACGAUUUCGCCAACCACAAGCGACGUGCCAUACCUUGUCUCGGCGACGUCUUCCAGGUCCCCUAUCGAGCUGGUUGUGAAACCACACAGCAAAGUUAUUUUGCCAUGCGAACUCGAAGGGAACUACUCAAAACUUCUACAGCCUGGGGCCAGAAGUUACAGAAUAGAACCUGCAACUUGGCUUCAUGAUGAUAAUCCUGUGGACAUGAUCACAAUCGACACAAGGACGGAAAUGAGUGGUACGGGCCAUAGAUAUAUAGGAGACUCUUCAACCGCUGCCUUGCAUAUCGACAACGUCAGACUCGAGGAUGAUGGAAUCUGGAGCUGUACUCUCAAAAACGAGGAGGGGAAAACACUUACAGGCAGACCGGUGAAGCUUGUGGUACUUGAGGCGCCCCGAGGGACGUAUUUGCUGAUAGAUGGCCGCCGGUUGGAUCCAGGAAAUCAGUUCGUACCCGUGAAAGAAGGCUCGGAACUCACUCUAGAGUGUGCAGUGGAAGGUGGCAAUCCACCUCCGAUUUUGGCCUGGGGCAUGACCUUGUCUCAGGCGACUUUGGACGGUCCGGAACAACCACCAGACAAUCUCACCAUUCUGCCUGCCACUUCUGGUCGACAUAGUGGAGCACAUCUCAAGGUCUUAAGGGGUCAUCAUAAUGCCACCAUCAUCUGUGUAGCUCGACACGUCACUCUCACAAUUCCACUUAACGCCAGCAUUCUACUCGACGUCCAAUAUACUCCAUCCUUCGCCAUUACGAGAUUACCUGGAUUCGGUAUACCAAUCGUGGAGCGAAUGUCUGUCAGUCUAAAAUGUGAAGUAGACAGUAAUCCAGCAAGUGCUCCAAUUUGGCAACGUGAUAAUGGACCACCGCCGGUAGAACAGAGUGAUGACGGAUGGUUAAACUUCACAAAAAUCAGUCGCAACGAAACUGGCUGGUACAAAUGUUACACGCGACACAUGCUGGGAAUUUUCACAAGCAUCGGAUACUUUCUCAACGUUCGCUAUAAUCCAGAUGCGGAUAUUGAAACAAAAUUAGUGAAUGGCGAGGCAACAGGCUCGCGAAAAAUGGAGGUGCAAAUCGGAGGUGCUGUCACAUUAGAAUGCGAUGGAGGAUGUUGGGGACAUGGUCCAGACAUGGAUCCUGUUGGAGGCCCAGGACCCCUCGCCCUCAAUCGAGUUGUUUAUCAAGAUGCAGGCGAAUAUAAAUGCGUUGCACCCGAUCCUAAAAUGCAAAACACGUGGCGGGCUCAACUGCCUUAUUACAUUAAAGUCACAGGACAUCCCAUAAUCCAUCCUCUUUCACAAACCGUGAAUGCAUACGAGGGAGAGUCCUUGGACGUGAUAGUAGAAUUUUGUGCCGAGCCGUCCUAUACAAAGGUCCUAUGGAUGUCGGAGAAAUAUGUUUACAUACCUGGGAGUGAAGCACGUGAAGGAGUCCAGGCGCUAACGAUAGAGGACGGAGGAACGGAGGCGUGCUACAGGACUAUCCUGCGCUUCAACUCGAUCCAGAGGGCGCACGCUGGAGAAUGGCUACUCUUAGUUCGGUCACCGGAAGGGAUUGCGGACGCUUCCGUUUUACUGAACGUAACGCAGGCAUCCGGAUACAGUCACGCCCACUUCCGAUCACUGAGUCUCACGAAUCUCCUUCUGUGCUUGAUCCUAGGUAUUCUAUGGUAUCGUUGA